UUGCAGGCUGCGUGUGGAAUGUAAUUGACGCAGAUUUUUGUAUUCUACUGCAAAUUCUCCUGAAGAUUAACGUAUUCUGCUUGUGAUCAUCGACCAACCGUUUUCUGACGAAGCAUUGAAUCAAAUCAGCAAACAAUUCGGUACAAAUUGCUCUUGACGACCAUGAUUACUCAACCCAAUAUCAAUCCGGCGAUUCAGUUCGCAGCUCUGACUAUCCGCCAUGGCUUCCUCUUCCCGCCGGCCGCCGCCGUACGCCGGGCCGCGAAGCUCCGGGCGUUUUCGACCAACAAGGAUCAGAUCGAGAGGAUUCCGGAUAAACCGCCGGUAUGCACCGCCGACGAGCUCCACUAUGUAACUAUCGAUAAUUCGGAGUGGAGACUCGCUCUCUGGCGCUACAAUCCCUCGCCUCAGGCUCCACCAAGAAAUCUUCCAUUGUUGCUGUUGUCGGGCGUCGGAACAAACGCCAUUGGAUAUGAUCUUGCUCAUGGGUCUUCAUUUGCUCGGUAUAUGUGUGGCCAAGGAUUCGACACCUGGAUUCUGGAAGUUCGAGGGGCUGGAUUGAGCGCAAAAGGGUCAGAUUGUGAAGAUGUUGAGAAGUCAGCUCAUGCAAUAUCUGACCAAAUGGAAGCUGCAGCAGAGUAUGUGGCUGAAGGGGCUAUACAUUCAAACCAAAAUGGUGCCAAUGGAAAAACAGAGACAGCUGUGAUCAAUGAAGAAUCAGAUGGGGAUGAAACCACUUGGGAUAAAUCAAGAUUAGCUACAGAACUGACUGAAGUUUUUUCUCGCUUGUCCGAAAGGCUUUCUGGUUUUCUUAGCGAAAGCCAGUCGAAUGAUAUGUUUGCCAGAUUCUUGGAUCAAAUAUCAAAACAGCUAGAGAAUUCCUUUAUAAUCGAACGGUAUAGUGAAUUGAGGGAAAGGCUCUUAAGUUUGCUGAAAACAAGGCAAGACUCUGCUGUGGCAAGCCAGAUUAGAGAUCUGAGCCAGAAACUAGUAGAUAUCAUUGAUGAGGCUCAGCGUUCUGUUUCGCCGCAGAUUUUUGAUCUGCAAGAGAGGCUGAUGACAACUGUGGAAGAUUUUCAGAAGCAGUUGGAUUUGAUUGUCAAAUAUGAUUGGGACUUUGAUAAUUACCUGGAGGAGGAUGUUCCUGCUGCGAUGGAAUAUAUCCUUGCCCAAUGCAAACCAAAGGAUGGUCGGUUAUUUGCAAUUGGACACUCCAUGGGAGGUAUCUUGCUAUAUGCCAGACUUUCACGAUUUGGUUUUGAGGGCAGAGAUCCUGGAUUAGCUGCUAUUGUGACAUUGGCCUCAUCUUUUGACUACACAACCUCAGAAUCAUCACUCAAACUGCUCCUGCCCCUUGCAGAUCCUGCGCAAGCUCUCAAUGUGCCGGUCGUCCCUUUAGGAGCAUUCCUCUCGGCAGCUUAUCCUCUUUCUUCUCGUCCACCUUAUGUGUUGUCUUGGCUAAAUGAUCUCAUAUCAUCAGAAGAUAUGAUGCAUCCGGAACUGUUGAAGAAGCUCGUUUUAAACAAUUUUUGUACCAUCCCCGCGAGACUAAUAUUGCAGCUAACAACUGCCUUUCGAGAGGGUGGACUUCGCGACAGGAGUUGUAAAUUCUUCUACAAGGAUCAUAUUCAUAAGAGCAAUAUCCCUGUCCUAGCUCUUGCUGGUGACCGUGACUUGAUUUGCCCACCAGAGGCUGUAUAUGAAACUGUGAAGCUCAUUCCCGAGCACUUGGUCACGUAUAAGGUGCUUGGAGAACCUGAUGGUCCGCAUUAUGCUCAUUACGACUUGGUGGGAGGGCGAAUGGCUGUUGAACAAGUGUACCCCUGCAUAAUCGAAUUUCUAAGCCGCCAUGACUUGCCUCAGUAAACUUGGCUAUGGUUAUGGGUAUGGCCUUAGUGGGAUAUCAUCAGGAAGCAAUCUUCGAUUUCACGGCAUUAAUUCCUCAACCAGUUUACAAAUAUGGUGUUCGCCGCGGGGUUCUUUGAUUCUGCCAUGGAUCCCUUUGGCGAGCUAUUCUAAACAUCCUGCCUUUAAUUUUGUGUUUAAAUGAAGAAUUGCAAUUGCUUGUGAAGUUCUAUAGUAGAAAUUUUUUUUACCUGAAUCUGAAUCAAAUUAUCAUUAGAAUAAUUUCUUCAUCUUCAUAAAGAUUGCAUUCCAAGAAGAUUACAAAUACAACUAAUUAUAUACUUCUAUGGUGAAUUUCCUGACAUGUUUACUGGAGUUUAUUUCACACAUCAAUGUUUGGAAAUGGUACAGGAAACAUAAGCACACAACAAUUCCUCAUCAUGAAGCACACAAAGUUCCACACAGUCAGGUUGCAAACAUAAAUGGAAGAAUGAAAAUUUGUUGUCUCCCUGCAAAUUUCCUCAUUUGGGAAUGGCAGCAGAUUUGCAGAUAGGGCACUGAUUCUUCUGUUAGGUCUACUUGGCAAAUGCUGCACUUCCAAUCCUUCUGACCAUUCAUAAGCUGCCACGAAGUGGAAUUAGAGGAUCAUUAAUUUCCAGAUUCAUGUUGCAAAAAAGAAGAACAAGAACAGGAACAGGAAAAAACCUGUUCAUCUGUUCCUAAAAAUAGCAAUGGUGUACCUUUCUAUGAUGGAGCCUUGGACCAGCAUCAGUGUUCUUACUCCUAGGUGCAAAAUCAGAAGCAAUGCCGAUGCCAGGGGGGGUGCAGCAGACAUCAGGGAUAUCCACAACAACAUUCUCUGGUCUCCUUUUAUUACUAUUAUUUUUACAGUGUGGUUGUUUUCCUCUUCCAUGGUUGUGAUCUUCUUGCCUGAGCUGAAGUGCUGACUUGGGUGCUAAUGGUGCAGGAAUUGAAGUCCCCUUACAUCCCAACCCUUUGAUCUUCACAAACACAAACUUGUUCUUCUUCUUCCUUAAUUGGGUUCUUGAUUCAGCACCAACAGAGGAAUAAUUUUCAGAUCUGGGCUGUGAAAACGAGACUGAUGAUCUGUGUUGAGUUUGGGAUUGGGGUUUUCUUGGAGCUUGUGGCAUUAUGGUUUUCUGGGGCUUUCAAUUCCAAGCACGAAUGAAGAUGGAACCAAAAUUGACCAAGAUUUGAAAUUUAUUCAAGAUUAA